AAAUCCCGGCGCGCUCGCACCCGCGGAAUAUAGUCCCUAGAUUCAGCCGCUCGAACCGUUAACGGAAAAGUAGCGGCCGGAGCCCGGCGGCCCCGCGGCUCGAAGGCGUCGGUGUGGCGGCAACGCUGAGGCUCCGAGCCGGCCGACCCCUUGCCCGACUUGUUUUCGGGAGAGUUUUGUGAAAAAUGGCGUAAACUGUUUAAGUUUCUUCGAUUCUCGCAGACGCGCUUGUAAAAAGCAUCCACGCCAGCAAUCGCACGCGCACAAACAACUAACUUCAAAUCGUUUGGAUUCAAAGUGUCUGAAAAAGUGCUUUUGAAGUCCAGCCAUGGAGAUGCAAAGCCUUCAAGAGGCGCUGAAAGUAGAAAUCCAGUGUCAUCAGAAACUAGUUGCACAGAUGAAGCAAGAUCCACAGAACGGAGAACUUAAGAAACAGCUCCAUGAAAGACAAACCCGAAUAACAUCCCUUAGCGAGAAACAAAAGCUUGCUGUAAGAAGUUGUCCUGUUGGAAGUACCAAACCUAUUCCACUCAUCAAGGCACCUAGCCAGAGCAUAGCAAUUUCAGUGGUGCCAUCUAAGAAUCCGAUCACCAUGGUAACUGCACAUAUUAACGGACAGAAGAUGGCAAGCACGGAUCCUCCACAGAUGGCCCCAGUUAACCUCCAAACAACAAACAAGCUAGCUGGGAGCAAUUUGAACUCCACUGGAAGGAGAGUACCGGAAACAUCAAAUUCACAGACACUGGGAACUAUUACUGCAGUGCCCAUUAAGGUCCCCCAGGUCAGCUCAUUGCAGAGGUUGGCAGGCCAAGGACCAGCAGUGCUACCUCAGGUUAGGCCAAAGACCCUGAUUCCGGACAGCCUCUCAGUCACCCUGUGCCGUGACCAGACCUCCAGUCAGCCUCAGUCUCUUCAGAAGGCCACUGUAGUUAGCAUCAAGAACCCUAGUCCUGCUCUUCCUACUGCCAACAACACUGUCAACCAUGUACAGACACCAACUGGCCAAACACAGCAUUUUGCAGAUUCACCAUUGGUGUCCACACCAAUCAGCAGUGCUGGUGUGGCUUUUGCAAUCAUUUCUGCUUCUCCAAACAAUGGCAGUUCUGUGAGCAGCAGUACAGUCUCUCUGACCAGUGACACUAUCAGUGUCCAACCUCUUCUACUCAGCACAGACAAGGUAUUAAUCAUUCAGCCACAAAGUCAGACUCAAACAGAGCAUCUGACUGAGAAAAGGAAAACUUCAGGAGAACAGUCUCAGGGUCAUCUUUCCACAAAAUCAAAGAGAGAAGAAAAUCCCGAGAAACUUGCCUUUAUGGUCUCACUAGGCCUGGUUACAACAGAACACCUGGAAGAAAUCCAAAGCAGACGCCAGGAAAGAAAGAGAAGAAGCACAGCCAAUCCAACAUACAGCGGAUUGUUUGAGCCAGAGCGUAAGCGAAUCGCAACGAGCUACCUGAAUGGUUCUUUAUAUGUUUCAACAAGAGCCAAUGAGGAUCUUUGUUGGAAGGAUGAUAUUCAUGAGGAUUACUGUACAGUGUGCAAACGUAGUGGUCAACUUCUUCUGUGUGACACUUGCUCUCGUGUAUAUCAUCUGGAAUGUUUAGAGCCUCCUCUCAAGACCAUUCCCAAGGGGGUGUGGGUCUGCCCCAGGUGCCAGGAAAAGGUAUUAAAGAAGGAAGAUAACGUAUCAUGGCCUGGAACCCUCGCUAUCGUCCAUUCCUAUCUUGCACAUAAAGCGGUGAAAGAGGAGGAGAAGAGGAAGCUGUUAAAACGAGGGAGCGAAUUAAAGAGUGAACAUGAACAACUGGAGAUGAAGGAUAGGCUGCUCAAUAAUGCUGUUACGAAAUGUUUAGAAUUGAAAACAAAUCUCAUAGCUAAACAGAAAGGAACUCAGGCCUCUCUGGAGCGUGUGAAAACCUUGAUUAGACUGAUGCAGAGUGAGCAAGUGAUCCAGGUUACAAUGAUGACAACCACAGCCACCUCUCGAGCAUCUCCGUUGGUUUCCCUCCCAUGGAUCAAGCCUUCCGCUGCCGUAGGGACCACUCCAGCCACCUUGAAGCAGCAAUCACAAGGAAAGAACUAAAGAAACUGGACAAAUCCAUAUUUAAUUGCUAUCGUUUGGGAAUAUUUACACAAUUUUUUGUGUGGAAAAGUGGGGUUUCAUAACUUAUCGAUGCAGUACAGUAUGCAGAGACUGUUGGAGCAAAGAAAUGCACCAUAUAGGUAGUUUGUACUGUGACUGCAAUUCUUUAAGCUCCCACUUUGAGAGCUGAAGAGAUUUUAAUUUUUUUAAUUUUGUUUUUAUGUUGGCCUUAAUCUCCUGAUUCUGGAACCAGAAAAUGGCCACUGAAAAGGAGUUUUUGACAUCCCCCCAAACAGGUGUUUUGAACAUCAGUUUGCCUCAUGGGAGAGAGAAGAAAACAAUGGAACAUACUGCAGUAGAUUGACAAUUAACUCAACAAAACUGUAAUAUA